GAAGUAAGUGGAAUUUUUCCCAUUUAUGGAUAAAGAAAUGGAAGCUCAGCAGGAUUGAUGAUAUGAAUUGCCCAAGGCCACAUACUGGCAAAUAGAGACCAAUUGCUGUACCUUGGAUGGCCACUUGCAAGCUUUUGAGACCUCAGGCACUAUGCAUUGAACUAUGAGGUUAAGCUGUCUGUAUAGCUCUCUGAAUUCCUAAAAUUUGAUGAUAUUCUUCCAUCACUGGGUUGUUUUCCUGAUAUUUAACCAUGCAGCGGAGAUCAAGAGGGAUUAAUAUUGGGCUCAUUCUGCUCCUUUCUCAAAUCUUCCAUGUUGGGAUCAACAAUAUUCCACCUGUCACCCUAGCAACUUUGGCACUUAACACCUGGCUCUUCUUGAAUCCUGUGAAGCCCCUGUUUGACUCCUGCAUUAGCGUGGAGAAGUGUUACCAGCAGAAGGACUGGCAGCGUUUACUGCUUUCCCCUUUUCACCAUGCAGACGAUUGGCAUCUGUAUUUCAAUAUGGCAUCUAUGCUGUGGAAAGGAAUCAACCUGGAGAGAAGACUGGGAAGCAGAUGGUUUGCUUACAUCAUCGCCACAUUCUCCCUGCUCACUGGGGUGGUGUACCUGCUUUUGGAAUCUUCUCUUGCAGCAUUCCUGGAUGAACCUGACUUUCGAAGGACCUGUGCUGUCGGCUUCUCAGGAGUUUUAUUUGCUUUGAAAGUUCUUAACAACCAUUAUUGUCCUGGAUGCUUUGUCAACAUUUUGGGCUUGCCUGUACCCAACAGAUAUGCUUGUUGGGUAGAACUUGUGGCUAUUCAUUUCUUUACACCAGGGACUUCCUUCGCUGGGCAUCUGGCCGGGAUUCUUGUCGGACUAAUGUACACUCAAGGGCCUCUGAAGAAAAUCAUGGAAACGUGUGCAGGCAUUUUUUCCUCCGAUAUUGGCUACCCGAGGCAGCAAUACUACUUUAAUAACUCAGGCUCCUCCGGGUAUCAGGAUCAUUAUCCGCGUGGCAGGCCAGGCCACUAUGAAGAAGCACCCAGGAACUAUGAUGCAUACACAGCAGGGCUGAGUGAAGAGGAACAGCUGGAGAGGGCAUUAAGAGCCAGCCUCUGGGACCAAGGAAAUACCAGCAAUAACCCACCACCCUAUGGGUUUCACCUCUCACCAGAAGAAAUGAGGAGACAGCGGCUUCACAGAUUCGAUGGCCAGUGAAGUGGCCCAACAUCUUGAGAAAACAUGGCCCCGUUGUGGAAUGAUUCCUCAUUCUGUUCAUUCCCCCAAACUCCUAAAUAGUUCUGAGCAAAAGCAGAGCACACCGUUGUCUCCCACAUGGCUCACAUCUGCCUUGAACCACGGUCACAUGGCUCCUGUGCGUCAAGAUUUCAAAGCCAGAGUGACUUGUCUUGAAACCCAGCUUUCUGGGUGGCGCCCUUCCCCUGGCUGGGUUCUCUUUCACAGACAGGAUACCAGUCCCUCAAAGUAGGGACCAGUUUCCACAUCCUUUCUCUCCCUGCGACCCAGGGGCCUCAGCCUCAGGUUUAGAUUGCGACCUUCACCAGGAGGUUGUGUGUUCACUCGUCAGGCUGAUCCGGUCCGUCCCUCGUUCAGCCCGAUGUGGCCCAUGUUUGACUUGGCCAGAGGGGAGGCGUCCUCCUCAGGGCCUGCUGGCACAUUGCCACGGUGACUUUCUAAAAACAGGAUGUGGCUACGUGAGCAGUAUGUUCUCUUCUGUCUUCCCCAGUUGCCUCGGCUCGUCAGGCCCCAAUGUCUGGGUGGUGUUUACAGCAUACUUGCUUUGCUUUUAUAUUCCUUGGCCUUUAGAGAAUGUUUUAUUAAAAAAGCUUAAGACCUAAAAAAAAAACCUAAGAUGAGGACAAAUCGUACAUAGACCAUUCCAUUCCACUGCAGGCAGCACCACAGUCUGGGCUCACUGCUGCCUCCUAGUGGUAACAGGUGUACCUGGGCCACAUGACUUAUUAGUAAGGCAACAGCUGUCAUUGAGCUGGUCACUCAGUCCUCAGUCUUUGGGUUGGUCACUGAGAAAUCCUUCUUGCCAGCAGCAUUUUUUUUUCCUCUCAUGAAAGUGCCUUUUACUGGGCCACUGUAACAGCUCACCUGUCCAGCCCAAUUGUCCACAUGCACUCCUGGCUCCUGCCAUGUCUUCCUUCACAGGUGUCUGUCAGAGUCCGGUGUUCCCUGGUGCUUGUGUUUCAUGAAUAAAGGGACAAAGUCACAUGUCACUGGUGUCUCACUAUCACUGAGGUAUGUAUUUUUAAAGAGAAUUGGAAGCAGAAAAGGAUCUUCCUAUUCUGAUUUUAUGUAGCAUUUUAUAUGUAGUUUUCUGAUUAUGAAAGUAAUAUAUAUGCCUUGUUUGUGCAUAAAGCAAACAUCUGGGAGGAAGUAUAGCCAGAUGUUAACAGAGGUUAUAUUUGGGGGUGGGGUACAUGGAUUUUGCUCCUUGUUUUUUAUAAUUCUAUCUUGCUCUGUUUUUACAGUGUGUAUGUUUAUAUGUAUUACUUUUGCAAUCGGGAACUCAUGUAUAUAAUAAUAAAAUAUAUGAUCAGGAAAACUGAUUUAAUAAUAAAUACAGUGUGUCCCUUGAGAAAAUUCACAACAUAAACAAAUACAGAUACGUCCACAAUUUUGAAAUCAUCUGCAUUACCACCACUUAGAGGUACCCAGCAUUAAGGUUUUGGGGAGAUUGCCUUCUGGGUUUUUCCUUGUAUACAGUUAACAAAUUUGGAGCAUACUGCCCGUGCAGUUUUGUAUCUACUUUCUAAUCUGAAUCCAAACCUGAAGGCUUCGACACAUGCCUAUAAGUGAGCCAAGUGAUGCCCUCUGGUCUUGGGAGUACGUUGACCUGACCAGCCGGCAAGACGACGCGGUACCUGAGCAGUGACCCCCUCUGGUCUUGGGAGUACGUUGACCUGACCAGCCGGCAAGACGACGCAGUACCUGAGCAGUGACCCCCUCUGGUCCUGGGAGUACGUUGACCUGACCAGCCGGCAAGACGAUGCGGUACCUGAGCCCCUUGGAUUAAGUUGUACUUGAUGUGAUACCACAGGCGCCUUUUAACACGUUUCUACCUGUGGGUUUGAUAAUUUUAAAUGCGUUCAAGUUAAAAUGCUCAAGCUAAAUGUCAUUCCUCCUGCCCAAACUCCAUGAAUUGGACUCCCAUCAUCCCAAUUAGAAUAACUGCUCACGUACCAUGUUUUCAUAGCACGUGAUAAUUCUAUUAUGAUGUUUGCAUCCUGCCCCUAUUUGUGCACAACUACACAUGGGGUCGCCAUGAGUCAGGGCGACUGGACAGCAGUCACACCACCACAAAGACUUGCCUUCUACACUGAAAGCAGAGACUGAGAAUGGCUCUGGGAUGAGGCCAUGUUGGUUUUUUUCUAUCCCCACCCCACCCAGAGAUGGUUCAUGGGGAGGCCUCAUUAAAUGUUUCCCACCAAAGUGUUUUUUGAAUAUAGAUUUUUUAAAAUAUAGCUAUAUAAAACAAAAACCUGUUGCUGUCGAGUCGAUUCCGACUCAUAGCAACCCUGUAGGACACAGUAGAACUGCCCAUAGACUUGCCAAGGAGCACCUGGUGGAUUGGAACUGCCGACCUUUUGGUUAGCAGCCAUAGCUCUCAACCAUUACGCCAUCAGGGUUUCCAUAUAGCUAUAUAGAGGUCAGUGAUCGUACCUUCUUGUUAUGUUUGACUUGUCAGAAGUGAAGACACAGGAGUUGAAUAUUGGAUGUUAUAUUACUGUAACAUUCAUGCCUUUAUUCAUCGAGUGGAACGUCGCUAAACUUUUAAAGAUCUGGGAAGGGUCAUUAGUUAUAGACCAGUUAUUUUAGCACAACAGUAAAAAUGUUCUCGAAAUUAUAAUUAGUUUGUUCAGUUAACAGGCUUGCCUCUAACCAGUGCUUAUAAUUUUCAGUGUCCACUUUUCUCUGUAAUAGGUAACCCCAAAGCUACGCCAACAAAUUGGGAUAGGGUUGAGAAAAGCCAACCAAAAGCAAGUGUAUUAGACUAAGGAUCUCUCAUAGGGAAUAAGCACUUAGAGCUAGUUUUUUGAUUGGGUUUCUUUGAUAGUAAUUUCCUGAUUGCUUGGCAUCUAGUGUCCACAGUCAGGUUGUGGACAGUCAGCUCAUGAGAGCUCUUAACUGAGGUUCUUUUCUUGGUUCUCAAGGUGAGGGAAUACUUACAAUUACUUCCUCUUAAGACUUGAGUGCAUGCAAGCGAUUCCAAAGUUGUACAUAAUUUUCCAACUCUCCUCUGUCCUUUUAAGUUGCUGCUGGUGAAGGUCAAAGCCAAUAGUAAAUAACUGGUUUUAGUCAGUCUGGGGCCAGUCCACAUAUUUGGCACAUGUUCUGCUGCUUGGGGAGUGAGUGGGCUAAAGGAAUGAGCCCCCCAUCCCCCAUCAAAUGGACCGUAAGACUCAGGGACUGGAGCCGACCUGGCCUCCUCGUUCCCAGUUUUGGUUCCCCUUCAGAGAUUCAGUAUUGAAUGAAGAAUGGUAUUCAGUUAGUUAUUAAAAACCUAUCGUUUCUUCCUUUGCCUUUCCAUAGGUAACCAGUCAUUUUCGCGCCCUAGUCUUUUCAUUUUAGAAUCACAGACUCAGCUUGCUGUUGUUGCUAGGUGCCGUGGUGUUGAUUUUGACUCAUAGCGACCACGUAUAACAGAGUAGAACUGCCCCAUAGGAUCUGCUAAGCUGUAACCUUUAUGGGAGCAGAUCACGAGGUCUUUCUCUUGCAGAGCCUCUGAGUGGGUUCCAACCGCCAACCAUUCAGUUAGCAGCAGAGUGCUUAACUCCUGCACCACCAGAGCUCCUUACACUCCACUUCAAAGGGUCUUGAAAUUGCUCAGUUUAUUGCCCUGCUUGGUACAUAAACUACCUCUUCACUCAUUUCUACAUCUAAAAGUCCCCUUUUGUGAUGCCACGCAUCAUCUCAGAUAUCUUUUUUUUUUUUGCAUUAUUUCUAUUCUGUUGCAAAAUGAAAUGGUGUAGUGUAUCUCACAAAUUCUUAGAACCUUGAGGCACAUGUGCAGGUACAACAACGAGUGCCCAUUUCUUGGUAAGCCUCUUAAAACUGGGGCUCUUUGCAUCGCCUUUGGAUACCUUUGAAAACAGAAUAAAGGUUGGGAUUUUUUGGAUUCCUUGGAAACUGCUUCCACGGUCACUUGAUAAAGAACACCUCUCUUGAAGAUCAAAACCAAAUACCUUUUAUGUGCUCUCUGUUGCCAAGGGAUAAAGGUCACACUCGUUAGUCUCCACAGUGGGCCUCUAACCAGUCCGUCGACCUUACCACCACUUCUCCUUAGCAGAGUCUGUGUUCUGCUAACAGGGUCUCACCAAGCAGGCCAUGAACCCUGAACCUAGCUCAUGCUGUGCUUUCACAUGGGACAGCCUUCUCACUGUCCACGCAGCCACAUCCUCCCAGACCAGCCUCCUGGACGAGGCCUUUUCCAGACACCACAGCCCAGAAUGUUCUCACCCCAUCAGACCUACUGCUUUUGUUGGGUCUGUAUCACAGUUUCCAUGUAUGGCUUGGAUUUGCUGGUUUUUCUCCAAUGAGAGAAUGUCUUUCUCCUUUAGAAUGUAAGCUUUCGUGAAGGCAGGGCCAUGAUUGUGUUUCUGUGUAUCUCCUCACAGUGCCUUGAAGUGUAAACCAAUAACCCAAUAAUAACACUGUGGAUUGAAAGAAAGCUAAGCUCAUUUAUACCGACACCACUGGCACAUGGAAAAAGAUGUACCUCUCGUAGGUUUUGUUGUUGUUGUGUCCCCUUUUCAGAUUUAGGUACUGAGGCUCAGAGAGAAGUGAUGGCCCAGGAUCAGCAGCUGGUAACUGGCAGCUCCACCUGCUAUUUCUAUUGCACGCUAAGCAGAAAGAAUAACAAUUGUGGAAAACAAAUACCUGCAGCAACAUACCACUGUAGCCCUGCAAACAAGAUAACAAACAUAAGUGCUGUGGCAUACAGCUGCGCGCUUCAGAAACGGGAGCGUCUGUCAGCACCUCCUGGAGCACCAGCUGUGGGAGUUGCUAUAGUUACUCCUCAUUUACACAAGAGCAGAGUAAAUGGUGUACCCAACCUGCACUCGUUGUCAUGGGUUGGGUACACCUUUUAUGGUGUAUACAGCGAAGCAGACCCAUUGCUUUGCAACCAGAAGAACUUUUGACUCAUUUAAAAACCUCUACUUGUUCCAAAUAGAUAAAAAUGAUGAGUGAUUGAGAAUUUUGUCUCUAGAUGAUAAAAUAAUAAACACUAGUUAAUGCAACAGCGGGCUCAAACAUAGCAACAAUUGUGAGGAUGGCACAGGACCAGGCAAUGUUCGGUUAUACAUAGGGUCGCUAUGAGUCAGAACUGAUUUGAUGGCACCUAGCAACACCACCACCAUAAUCAUUAAGGAUGCAGGCCACCCCCUAGAAAUAAUGUAUCAUAGGGAGUGCCCUGCUGGCAAAUGUUUUUAGGUGUCGAGUUGGUUACAACUCAUAGCGACCCUAGGUACAACAGAAGGAAACACCGCCCAGUCCUGCACCAUCCUAACAAUCGUUGUUACGCUUGAGCCUAUUGUUACAGCCACUGUGUCGAUCCAUCUCAAUGAGAGUCAUCCUUUUUUUCACUGACCCUCUGCCAAGCAUGAUGUCCUUCUCCAGGGACUGAUCACUCAUGGCAAAUGGGAGAAUAGAAAUGGCUAAGUCGGCUGGAGCUGCAGUAACAAAGCCAGUGGCUAGGUAAGGGCCUCUAGGUACUUCUUUCUCCAACUCAGAGCAGCUCCCCUGGAGAGCUGAGAGUGGGCAUCUAGGGGUUGUGGAGGCCUGGCUGGUGUUGAGCUGCCUCUGGGAUAUAGGUCUUCUGGGAUCCCCCCAAGAUAGCACCAGCUUCAUGAGUCCCAGAGCCUUUACCCCCUUUCCCAGAUCAGCUAAGACUGUCUCCACGCUCAGCUGGCCAGCUGACUGAGAACCAGUGACAUGGGACUUUGCAGCGAUAGCAGUAAUUCAGGACACCAGAGUGACAUCUGUAUAGAUCCCUCUGUUUUCUAAUCAACCCACAAAUGGGUGAAGCUCCUAGGAGGCAGUGGUGUAGUGGGUAAGAGCACAGUCUUUGGCAACAGACAGGCCAGCGUUCAAGUCCUGCUAGGUGCUGACUGUGUGGCCUUGAGCAAGUUACUUAUUCUCUCAACCUCAGUUUCCUCAUCUGGAAAAUAAGGUAGUUGCGAGGCUUAGAGGGAGCACAUGUCAUUUCCUGUCAUAUAGUAGGUGCUCAAAUAUUAGCUAAAUAUAGUUACUUCUCUACCAGGUGAGAAAUUGGGCCAGUUACCCUUGAAGUUCCCUCCUACUUAAAAAGAGUAAGUCCAUGAAGCAGUUUUUGAAUAUCUGCUCUGCACCAUCCCUGUGCCCUGCAAUGUAAGUGCUAUAAGAGAAUUAUAAUCAAUUCUAGACUCUCACAACUGGAUCAAUAAGCAACAACAUGAUAAACGGAGAAAAGAUUGAAGUUGUCAAGGAUUUCAUUUGCUGGGAUCCACAAUCCACACCCAUGGAAACAGCAGUCGGGAAAUCAAAAGAUGUGUUGCAUUGGGCGAAUCUCCUGCAAAAGAUGUUUUUAAAGCAAUCAAAGGCAAAGAUGUCAUUUUGAGGACUCAGGAGCGCUUGACUCAGGCCAUGAUAUUUUCAGUCACCUCAUAUUCAGACAAAAGCUGGACAGUAAAGGAAGACCAAAGAAUUGAUGUCUUUGAAUUAUGGUGUUGGCAAAGAAUAUUGAAUAUACCAUGGACUGUCAGAAGAAUGAACAGUCUGGCUUAGAAGUACACCCAUCGUGCUCCAUAGAAGCGAGAAAGGCAAGACUCCAUCUCAUAUGCUUUGGAUGUGUUAUCUGGAGGAACCAGUCCCUUGAGAAGGACAUCAUGCUUGGUAAGGGAAGAGUGGGCUCAAACAUAGCAACGAUUGUGAAAGUGGCGCAGGACCAGGCCGUGCUGCCUUCUGUUGUACGUAGGGUCUCUCUCAGUGGGAACCAACUUGACGGUACCUAACAACGACUUCAAGUUACAAUAGUGAAAAAAGGAACCCUGGUGGUGCAGUGGUUAGGAGUUCGGCUGCUAACCAAAACGUCAGCAGUUGGAAUCUACCAGCUGCUCCUUGGAAGCCCUAUGGAGCAGUUCUCCUCUGUCUUAUAGGGUUCUUAUGAGUCGAAAUCAACUCGACGGCAACAGGUUUUUUGGUUAUAUAGUGAAAAAUAACAUUUUAUAUCUCUUUAUAGUUGAUUUUCUCUCAUUUAAUCCUUACAACAACCCCUGAAGUAAGUGGUCUGAUUCUCAUUCAGUUGAAUCCUCACUCAACCACAGGGUAUGAGCAACGUAUCCACUGCCCAGGGGACUCAAUAGUGUUUGAGGCAGACCCUCUGCCCCAAGGCUUGGUUCCAUUUCUACUAAACUGGUGGCAUAGUGGUUAGGAGCUGGGCUGCUAACCAAAAGAUCAGCAGUUCAAAUCCACCAGCCGCUCCUUGGAAACUCUAGGGGGCAGUUCUACUCUCUCCUGUAGGGUCACUGUGAGUUGGAAUCGACUUGAUGACAACGAACUUUUUUUAAACCCUCCCUACCCAUCUUUGUGUGCAGGUCAGUGCUUCCCAGAGCCUCUGAAUCCCAUCCUUUCCAGAAGAAAAAGGGUCACUUUCUAUACUCCCAUGCUGCUACUUCUUCCCUUCUACAGUUCACAGUUGACCAGGUAAUCUUUCCUAUUUUUCUGCACUAAGUCAGCUCCAAGGGUAGGCCCUAGUAAGAAACAGGCAAAAAGCAAACUCAUUUUAGCUUCAAAGAAAAUAAAUGCACCAGAUAAGACAUUUGUUUUUGGUGAUCACGACACGAUUUUAUAUAUAAUGAACCAUAUUAUAAAUGAGAAUACAACAAAGACUUAAUCGUCAAUGGCAGACCUGGCACCUCGCAUAUGUUACACAUUGAAAGUCUUUAACUUUCCAAUCAUACGUUAAAGAAAAGGAUGCAAUUUAUUGGACACAUUUCACAUUUUUCCCCAUGAAUCAUUAAAUAUUUAAGCACCAUAACAUUUAACCAUCUCUCGUCUCUGUGGCAGUCAGCUUUGGUGGUUUAAAAUGAAUUAUGCAGAAUUUCCGGCAGAUAAUAACAGUGACAAUUGCAGAGUACUGAUUUUUAAUGUCAAUUGUUUUGUUACCUGUGGAAUUUCUGAUAAUGUCCCUGCCGGAAAUUGUGAUUUUUGUGUGCGGUACAGUAACUUGGAGACUUGAAACAAAACAGCAUUGCCAAAGACAUGGAGAAUUGGCCAGGUACAAAUAAUUCCAAUAAGUAAAUUAUAUGCCCUGUGAGAAUCAUAUUUCUA